UGUUGUGAGGAGAACACCAGCUUGAACCUUCAAGUAUCGGUAUAGCUUACAUCAGUAAAAGUUAGGUAUUGUAACAAGGUUAGAUGAUUUAUUAUUACCCAUCUAUUUACUAACAACUGCAAGAUCAACAUUAAGCUCUGUACAAGGUAGGGGAAAUCGGGUUAGCUAGUGAGCUACUUAGCCUGCCUGGUAACGUGUUUGCUGGCCGCGGCCGACAAAGACGACCCGUCGCACAUUUUUCUCUGAAAGUGUCACCCUCAAGAAGACACAUUGACGACCACCGUGCAAGACACGAAGACUGAGGAGAUGGCGAGCUCAGUGGGAAACGUGGCUGAUAGCACAGAACCGACAAAACGUAUGCUUUCCUUCCAAGGGUUGGCUGAGCUGGCGCACCGGGAGUAUCAGUCAGGGGACUUUGAGGCAGCUGAGCGCCACUGCAUGCAGCUGUGGAGGCAGGAGCCUGAUAACACAGGCGUGCUGCUGCUCCUGUCCUCCAUCCACUUCCAGUGCCGAAGACUCGACAGGUCUGCUCACUUCAGCACAUUGGCCAUCAAACAGAACCCAAUGCUGGCUGAGGCUUACUCAAACCUCGGGAAUGUGUACAAGGAGCGUGGACAACUGCAGGAGGCCAUAGAGCAUUAUCGCCAUGCUUUAAGGCUGAAGCCAGAUUUUAUUGAUGGAUACAUCAACUUGGCAGCAGCUCUGGUGGCCGCAGGGGACAUGGAGGGAGCAGUGCAGGCUUAUGUGUCUGCAUUACAGUAUAACCCUGAUCUUUAUUGUGUGCGUAGUGACCUCGGCAACUUGCUCAAAGCCCUUGGGCGUUUGGAAGAGGCCAAGGCUUGUUACCUGAAAGCCAUUGAGACUCAGCCCAACUUUGCUGUGGCUUGGAGCAACCUGGGCUGUGUGUUCAACGCCCAGGGAGAGAUAUGGCUGGCCAUACACCAUUUUGAAAAGGCAGUGACUCUGGACCCAAAUUUCCUUGAUGCUUACAUCAAUUUAGGAAACGUUUUGAAGGAGGCCAGAAUCUUUGAUAGAGCUGUGGCUGGAUACCUGAGAGCCUUAAGUCUCAGCCCCAACCAUGCGGUUGUCCAUGGAAACCUGGCCUGUGUGUACUACGAGCAAGGUCUUAUUGACCUGGCUAUCGACACCUACCGUCGUGCUAUUGAAUUGCAGCCCCACUUCCCAGACGCCUACUGUAAUUUGGCAAAUGCCCUGAAGGAGAAAGGCAAUGUGUCUGAAGCAGAAGAGUGCUACAACACAGCCUUGCGUCUGUGUCCCACCCACGCUGACUCCCUAAACAAUCUGGCCAAUAUCAAGCGUGAGCAGGGCAACAUUGAGGAGGCUGUUCAGCUCUACAGGAAAGCCCUAGAGGUGUUCCCUGAGUUUGCAGCAGCCCACUCUAACCUUGCCAGUGUCCUGCAGCAGCAGGGAAAACUCCAGGAAGCCCUCAUGCACUACAAGGAGGCCAUCAGAAUCAGCCCCACAUUUGCUGAUGCUUACUCAAACAUGGGUAAUACACUGAAGGAAAUGCAAGAUGUACAAGGAGCACUUCAAUGCUACACUCGUGCCAUCCAGAUUAACCCUGCCUUUGCUGACGCUCACAGCAAUUUGGCCUCUAUCCACAAGGAUUCUGGAAACAUCCCAGAGGCCAUUGCAUCUUACCGCACAGCCUUGAAACUCAAGCCAGACUUCCCUGAUGCUUACUGCAACUUGGCGCAUUGCCUGCAGAUUGUGUGUGACUGGACAGAUUAUGACGAGCGGAUGAAGAAGCUUGUGAGCAUUGUGGCUGACCAGCUGGAUAAGAACCGCUUGCCUUCAGUGCACCCACACCACAGCAUGCUCUACCCUCUCUCUCACGGCUUCCGCAAGGCCAUUGCUGAGCGCCACGGAAACCUUUGCCUGGACAAGGUACACGCACUGAUCAAAAUCAAUGCACUGCACAAACCUGCUUAUGAGCAUCCGAAGGAUCUGAAGACCAGCAGUGGACGUCUGCGUGUUGGCUAUGUCAGCUCGGACUUUGGCAACCACCCAACUUCACACCUGAUGCAGUCCAUUCCUGGAAUGCACAAUCCUGAGAAAUUUGAGGUGUUCUGCUACGCGCUCAGCCCUGAUGAUAGUACCAACUUCCGUGUGAAAGUGGUAGCAGAGGCUCAUCAUUUCACAGACCUCUCUCAGAUCCCUUGCAAUGGCAAGGCAGCUGAUCGUAUUCACCAGGAUGGAAUCCACAUUCUGGUCAACAUGAACGGAUACACCAAAGGAGCCCGAAAUGAGCUGUUUGCCCUCCGCCCUGCCCCCAUUCAGGCUAUGUGGCUGGGAUACCCAGGAACCAGUGGGGCUCCCUUCAUGGACUACAUCAUCAGUGACAAGGAGACGUCACCUUUGGAGGUAGCUGAGCAGUAUUCUGAGAAACUCGCCUACAUGCCCAAUACUUUCUUCAUUGGAGACCAUGCCAACAUGUUCCCUCACCUCAAGAAAAAGGCAGUGAUUGAUUUCAAGUCUAAUGGACACAUCUUUGACAACCGCAUUGUUCUUAAUGGUAUUGAUCUGAAGGCCUUCUUGGACAGUCUGCCAGAUGUCAAAGUGAUAAAGAUGAAGUGUGACAACAACCAGGAAUCUGCCGGGGACACAAAUGGAGCUCUGUCCAUGCCUGUAAUUCCCAUGAACACCGCAGCUGAAGCAAUCAUCAACAUGAUCAAUCAAGGCCAAAUCCAGGUCACAAUCAAUGGCUUCACUGUCAGCAAUGGCCUGGCCACCACACAGAUCAAUAACAAAGCUGCCACUGGGGAGGAGGUGCCACGCACGAUCGUUGUGACAACCCGCUCCCAGUAUGGCCUUCCAGAAGACUCCAUUGUCUAUUGCAACUUUAACCAGCUCUACAAGAUUGACCCCCCCACUCUUCAAAUGUGGGCCAAUAUCCUGAAGCGUGUGCCCAACAGUGUGUUGUGGCUUCUUCGCUUCCCUGCUGUGGGCGAGCCCAACAUCCAGCAGUACGCUCAGAACAUGGGUCUGCCUGGCUCGCGCAUCAUCUUCUCUCCUGUGGCACCCAAGGAGGAGCAUGUGAGAAGGGGCCAGCUAGCUGAUGUGUGCUUAGACACUCCACUGUGCAAUGGUCACACCACAGGCAUGGAUGUUCUCUGGGCUGGAACACCCAUGGUCACCAUGCCAGGUGAAACCCUUGCCUCUCGUGUGGCUGCUUCACAACUCAACUGUCUUGGCUGCCCUGAGCUAAUAGCCCAGAGUCGCCAGGACUAUGAGGAUAUAGCAGUCAAACUGGGUUCUGACAUGGAAUACCUGAAAAUGGUCAGAGCACGUGUUUGGAAGCAGCGAAUCUGCAGCCCUCUUUUCAACACCAAGCAGUACACAAUAGACCUGGAGAGGCUGUAUCUGCAGAUGUGGGAGCACCAUAGCAAUGGCGGCAAGCCAGAACACCUGGUGAAAUUCCAAACAGUAGAGACCAGUGAGAAUGCCUGAACUGGAAGCACGCCAACUUCUUUUCCUUAUUCCCCAGCCAUGUUCAGCCUCCUCCCCACCAUCUUUUUUUCAGCACCCUAGUGUGAAUGGUCAGUUUCCACUCCAGUCCCUCUCCCGGAAUGAUUGUCUCUAUCUCUCUCAUUUGCUAUUAAUGGGACUCUUAAAUGUGAAGGAGCCUACAGAUGUACACAUUUGCGCCACCCCACCCCCCCCCAUCACAUUUGUCACACAUCUGCAUUUCCUGAGCCAGAUAGCGCCUGAGACUUUCAGGCACCUUGUCUGAGACUCCUGUCCUAAACAAAGUAUAUUUGGUCAGCAUGAGAGGAUUGUGAAUGCCCUGCUACACCCUUCAGUACUUGGAUCAGUGGAUUUUGUUUCUCCUGUCAGUGUGAAUACAGGACUAAUUGCAGCUUGUGGAGAGAAUGCCCAGCCAUCAUUACUUGUUGAUCUAUUUAUAAAUGGAUAAAGAGUGUUGUGUGUUUUAAAAGGACAAUGUUGCACCAUGAAAAUUGUGACUCUGACAGAAGUUUCAUCAGCUUUAACAUGCAAUUGUAAAACUUAGAUUGCAAGUGCUCUUUAGUUUGUCUUAAGCUGUUAUUAAAUGACUGCAAUUAGUAGAUGUGCAAGUUUUGAGGAAUAUGGUCUAGAUAAAGACUUUUUCCCCUCACCUAAUGCCAACUUUUACUAAUUUUGUUGUCAAUCAAGGAAUAUGUUCAGUAGCUAUUGUCCUGUUUGAUGUCACACUCUGCUCUGUAAAAUGAUCAGGCAAAGCUGGACAGAGGAGUCAUUGAAAGGGCCUAAAUUUCAGUUCAGAGGUCAGAGCUGUUCACAAAUUGAUCUUGUUUUUUUUAAUCACACAAGGAACGGCCUAGGUAAGUAUUUUCUAAGCAGUUUUUGUUUUUGUAUUGUCCAUUAACUGUAUGCUGUCAAUGAUGCCACAAGGCUCUAAAUAUAAUAAAAAAUAAAGAGA